UACUGGCGCCCCCUGGUGUGUAGGGAGGUUUGGGUGGUUUUGAAACUCUUGGUAGAGUUCGCCAUUUUGAAUUGAAGAAUAUGACUUUUUUUGCUUGCAUGUGAAGCUCGAAGUUCGUUGAUAGUUUAGUGAUUUGUAGUGCAUCAUGUGUGUGGCCUGGGAGAGAUAGCUUUGCAGCUGUUGCAGAGUCUGUAGAACGUAGUUGAUGCCAGAGAGCUGCUGUUUUAUAGCUUCAGAAGCAAAACAGAUCCGCUGUGUGUGUGUGUGUGUGUGUGAGAGAGAGAGAGAGCAGUUAAACUCCACGCUGAGCUUGAGGCAAGUGCUUCCUCCUGCAGCCAUUGCCAUGUUCUGGAAGUUUGACUUGCACACCACCUCCCACAUUGACCAGCUGCUUGAUCGGGAGGAUGUAACUCUGAAGGAGCUGAUGGAGGAGGAAGACCUGCUGCAGGAGUGCAAGGCACAGAACCACCGACUCCUGCUCUUUCUCUCGCAGGAUCACUGCAUGCAUGAGCUGGUCAGCCUCAUCACAGAGGAACCCUCUGCUGACCUGGAGGAGAAAACACGCUUCAAAUUUCCAAAUAUUGCUUGUGAUCUCCUCACCUCUGAUGUGACCACCAUUAAUGACAAGCUGGGUGGAGACGUAUCUUUGCUGGAGAAGCUCUACAGCUUUCUAGAACAGGAUUCACCUCUCAACCCCUUGUUGGCCUCCUUCUUCAGCAAGACCAUCGGUAACCUGAUCGCACGCAAAACGGAGCAGAUGAUCUCGUUCUUGAGGAAAAAACACAACUUCAUCAGCCUGGUGUUAAACCACAUAGAUGUGUCUCCCAUGAUGGAUCUGCUCCUGCGUCUCAUCAGCUGUGUGGAACCGGCUCCCCUCAGACAGGAGGUUCUCAAUUGGCUGAAUGAGGAGCGACUGAUCCAGAGGCUGACUGAGCUCAUGCACACGGGGAGAGAUGAGGAGAGACAAUCAAAUGCGUCCCAGACUCUGUGUGACAUCAUCCGUCUAAGUCGAGAUCAGGCCAAUCAGAUCCCAGAGGCUGUGGAACCAGACCCGUUACUGGCAGUCCUGGAGUCAGAAGAGAAUGUGGCGCAGCUUUUAAAGAGCAUGUUUGAGAAGAUGACCAGUGAAGCCUCUGUUGUCAAUGGAACUCAAGUGCUUCUGACGUUAUUGGAGUCGAGGAGGACGGGGCUGGAGGGUUUAAUGGAGCUGUAUUCUCAGGGAUGUGAAAGGUCUUACACUGUUAACAACAGUAUUCUACGUACUAUUGAGCCUCAUUUAAAGGACUUCCAAAAACUUCUACUGGAUCCUCCUAAGAAAAGUGCAAUACUCACAACUGUUGGUGUUCUGGAGCAGCCGCUGGGGAACGCACGCCUUCAUGUGGCCAGGCUGGUGGCCUCUCUGCUGCAGACAAGUGACACCAGCAUCUGCCAAGAGCUUUGCAAGCUCAACACCAUGGACCUUCUGCUGGACUUAUUCUUUAAGUACACCUGGAAUAACUUCUUGCACUUUCAAGUAGAGAUGUGUGUGACCUCGAUUCUGAACCACUCAGCUCACACGAGUCUGCAUGCUUCAGUUCUCCCGAACCACGAAGAGAAGCCUGACUCAGACAGCCAGAAUAGCAGCACAGAUGCACCACAUGCGCCCACCCAUGAUGCCUUGGUGGCCAAUCUUUUCCAACAGUGUCGCUUGGUGCAAAGGAUUCUGGACGCCUGGGAGGAGAAUGACAGAAUUCAAGCUGAAGGUGGGACCAGGAGAGGCAACAUGGGUCAUCUGACUAGAAUCGCCAACACUGUGGUUCAGAACCUGGAGAAAGGACAUGUCCGGUCUCAGAUUAGUGAUCUCAUUAAAGAGCUCCCUGAGGACUGCAGAGGGCGUUGGGAGAGUUUUGUGGGAGAAACCCUUCGAGAAACAAACAGGAGAAACACAGUAGACUUGGUCAGCACACACAACCUGCAUUCUUCUAGUGAAGAUGAUGACGUGGAGAACCCUUUUCCCAAUGAUCUGUCUAUCCAACAGGCAUUCUCUGAUUAUCAGAUUCAGCAGAUGACUGCUAACUUUGUAGAUCAGUUUGGCUUCAAUGAUGAGGAGUUCAGUGAACAUGAUGAAAAUAUCAAUGCUACUUUUGAUCGAAUUGCUGAGAUUAACUUCAGUAUUGAUGCAGAUGAUAAUAGUGCCAAUGCUGCUGCCUUUGAAGCUUGCUGUAAAGAGAGAAUACAGCAGUUUGAUGACUGUGAAGAGGAAGAAGACAUUUGGGACGAUAAAGAGAUCAGCUAUGCAACUCAAGUGAAAUCCCGAUCUAGGUUUGGCGUGCCUUUAUCUUCAGGAAGCUCACCUAAAGGUUCUGUGAGGAAUGGGAAGCGGGGCUGCGGGUCAGCCAGAGAGGAUGAAGAUGAGGAAGGGGAGAAUCAGGUCUCUACUCAAGCAGCAACCAGCACAAAACACCCCAUACCACAGACUCCACAGAGUCCUGUGUGUGCAGCUGAUUUCAAAGAAGCAAAGGAGGCUGCCUGGGGCUCUGCUUCCAACCAGGCCAACGAGGAGCAUCAUGGUACAGGAUGGGCUAAUUUCACAGAGUUUCAACCUUUUUGCAGCAGCUCCAGUAACUCGGAGAAUCAGUCAGAAAAGAAAGGCCAGAAGGCCCCUGUGCUAGUGUCAGACUGCAGCUCUUCUGGAGGAUCUGACCGAGAAGAGCAUGUGGGAAAUGACAAGACCGAGGAUGCAUCCAAAGCAGCAGGCAACCAAAAAACAGCAGCAGCUCAGAGUGAUGUACCCGAUGAGGCAUUGGAGAAGCUCACGAUUACAGAUGCAGCAGUUCCUUCAGAGUCCCAGACACCCGCGCCCAAUUCAGAAAACACCACUGUGACAGACAAGAGAUUUGAUGCACCCUCUGAAACCACACCCAAUGGACCGAUCUGAAGAUGUUUAAAGUGAAGACAGACAAAAACCCAUUUGAACCCACUUUUUGCCACUUCUGUUCUAACUCUGAAAAACCUCAAUACCACUUUUGGUGUUAAAGUAAAAAAAUGCUGCCAAGUUGUUGAACAUGGAUUCUGCCAAUCAGCAUGCACCAGUGAAGGAAGAGGGAUGUGUAGCGCACACCCAGUAACCAGAACAGUGCUUACAGGAGCUUUUAUUUCUUUCAACUUUGUAUGAAAUUUGCAGUUUUUAAUGUAGCAGUUAUGGGGUUUUUUUUGUUUGUUUUUUUGUUUUUCAGUUAAAAGAUCAUUAAGCAUUCUAUUUUACUUUGUUUAGUUUCCCAUCUUUUAAUUCAUUUUUCACAUCCAGCCCAACCACAGUAACAGGGUGUCGAAGGGCGUUGCAGGAAAGCAUCAUUAUCGAAUCGUUUAUGUAGUGAUGCCUCACCCUUGUCUUCACUUAAAUUAAAAUUGUUGUUAAUAUGCACUUUUGCAAGCCUACGAUAUGUAUUUAAACACAUCACAUAGAUUGUUACAGAUAGUUUUGUAACAUCUGUAAUAAUUUUCCUACACACCUGCUCCACAAUAAAACUCGCGCAUGUAAAUUUAAUCCCAUUCCGAAUAGGGCUAUAGUGUCACUUCUCGUUGUGUGCAAUAAUGAAAUUUUUUUGCUCUAGAGUUUCAAACCACUCUGUUAGCAUUGAUGGUGAGGUGUACUUUUUCAGGUUCUAAUCUUUUUGCAGAGCAUUAUCAGUUGUGUAUACAAAAGCAUAUGGUUUCUGGUCAGCAUCUUUUGUUGGCCUUCUGACUAUACAGAAUUUUGUCCCCCCCCCCCCCCCCCCCUUUCAAAUCAACAACUUUCAAACUGUAUCUAUUUGUAUUUUCUAACAUACUGCUUUACCUAAAAAUGUGUUCCAUGAAAAAGCACUUUUAAUGUAAAACCUUGCCUUAAGUCCUUUAAUUGAUACCGUCUCGGUCACAAAAAGCAAGAGAGAGUUGUUUACUGGUCUUUCUCUGUACCUAAGCAUGAAAAGAACAACUUCCACACUGUCUUCCUGUUUCUCUACAGUUAAACAAAUGAGACAAAAUUGUUAUACUUGGUCACUUAUUUAUUGAGGAAAAUGAGGCAAUAUUACACAUCUGUGAGUGGCAAAAGUAUGUGAACCUCUAGGAUUAGCAGUUAAUUUGAACUGGACUGAAAGUCAUAUGUUUAAAAUAAACCGGAACAAUCAGGUGUUGAGUGUUUUGCCUCGUUUUAUUGAAAGAACAGGGAUCCAUCAACGUCUGAUCUUCACAAUACAUUUGUGGAAGUGCAUCAUGACAGGAACAAAAGAGAUUUCUGAGAAUCUCCAGAAAAAGAGUUGUUGAUGCUCAGCAGGGUGGAAAAGGUUACAAAACCAUCUUGCAUACAAGGUUGCACGGAGAAAACUACUGCUGUCCUAAAAGAACAUGGUUGCCCAACUCCAGUUUGCUGAAGAUCAUGUAGACGAGCCAGAAGGCUAUUGGAAAAAUUUUGUGAACGGGUGAGACCAAAAUAGUACUUUUUGUUUGAAUGAAAAGCAUCAUGUUUGCAAACACUGCAUUCCAGCAUAAGAACCUUAUCCCAUCUGUGAAACAUGGUGGUGGUAGUAUCAUGGUUUCAGCCUGUUUUGCUGCAUCUGGGCCAGGACAGCUUGCCAUCAUUGAUGGAACAAUGAAUUCUGAAUGAUACCAGUGAAUUUUUAAAAGGAAAUUUUUGGGACAUCUGGCUGUGAACUGAAUGUCAAGAGAAAGUGGGUGAUGCAACUAGACAUCGACCCAAAACACACAAGUCGUUCUACCAAAGAAUGGUUAAAGAAGAAUAAAGUUAAUGUUUUGGAAUGGCCAAGUCAGAGUCUUGACUUUUAUCCAAUAGAAAUGUUGUGUAAGCUCAUGUGAGGAAACCUACCAGCAUCCCACACUUGAAGCUGUUCUGUAUAGAGGAAGGGGAUAAAAUUCCUCCAAGCCGGUGUGCAGCACUGAUCAACAGUUACUGCAAAAGUUUAGUUGCAGUUAUUGCUGCAAAAAGGGGGUCACACCAGAUACUGAAAGCAAAGUUUCACAUCCUUUUGCUACUCAGAUAUGUAAUAUUGGAUCAUUUGCCUUAAUAAAAUAAGUGAACAAGUAUAAUAUUUUUGUCUCAUUUGUGUAACUGGGUUCUCUUUUAUCUACUUUUAGGACUUGUGUGAAAAUUUGAUGAUGUUUUAGGUCAUAUUUAUGCAGAAAUAUAGAAAAUUCUAAGGGGUGCACAAAGUUUCAAGCACCACUGUACAUUUCUAAUUAGAGUUUUUUUUAUUAUUACAGGCAAGGCAACAGCGACGGUCACAUGUACAUCUUAAUUUAUGUGAUAUGAACAAAAAUGCAUUACUGUUAAAGAUUUCAUUUAAUCAUCUGUGAAUCUCAAUGUGCAUUUGUAAUAGGCUUGUUUCUGUUGAUCAUGUCACAAAACUUGAAAGAUUAGAUGAUAGUCGUCUUCCCCCCUCUCCCCCCCAUUAUUUUUGCAUUACUGGGUGGUAAACCUGCUCGCCCUCAGUUCUGUGUAACACUCUCCGUUAUUGCAAGCUGUUAGUUUUCUUCCUCAAACUGUUAAAAGCUUUGCUCCACUAUGCUUCUGCUUCUCACAUUUUCACUCGGUUUUUUUCACAAAGCCAUAAUAUGUUUAGCCAGUAUACUGCUUAACCUUUAGAAAUUGAGCGCAUUCUAAUUUGUGAUGUUUAUGCAACCCCAAUCCUAUUCAGUUACGCUCCUAUGUUUGGACUGGUUCUGUGUGUAGACUGCUUUUAUAGACCUACAGUAUAUACAUGCAAUGGUGCAAAAUUUAUCAGGUCAUAAAUUCAUCACCAAAAAAAAGAUUAAUUUUAGUAGUUCCUUUCAUUUAUUUUUAUCGGUCAUCUGUUGUGAUCUGUUCAUUCAUUCAUCUUUAGUAAGUGCUUUUAUCCUGGUUAGGGUCACUGUGCAUACAGAGCCGGUCCAGAUAACACUGGGCAGCAGUCUGUUGCAGAUGUUUCCAUAUACCACUGAGAAUUCACUAUUUUAAAUAAAAGUGCCUUGCAGUUGUGUUUCCCCAAUCCUCAACUCUUAGCCAGCUUAUCAAAGGUACAUAGAAUAUCCAGGAUUGGAUCCAGGAAGAUGUCAAUCAUCAGCAUCACUUUUUUUUCUUCUUCUUCCCCCUUCAUCGAAGCUUGGGUUUUUCCAUGAUUACGCCUCACAGCUGUAUCUGAGCAAUGCUACAUCAUUGAGCUCAACAAGACUGCAUUAGUCUGAAUGGUAAUUUUAAUGGAGAGCUUAAUGGUUAUGUAAUGAGAUGCAUUUCCUCACAAAUUACAGCUUAAAAAAAUACUACAUUGACGUAUAGAUUGUGUCUAUACGUGGCAUUCUCAAGGCCAACUAUAUAUUUUAUAGAUAUUUUGAGAUGUGUUUGAUAAAGUUAUGUGCAGUAUAUGAAUAAAUGUUAUGUGAACAACUUUUA